AUUAAGUAGAGUUCAGUGGAACUCUUGUUUUACUUAGUGGAAGUGUGAAUGUUUAGUGUCUAAUCGCGAACAAGCUACAAAAAUCUUCAACGUGUGUCGAAGUAAGCGUAUCUUGAUUGAUUGCACCCGCCCCAACUAAGUAGCUGAAUCCUUGCACACAAUGAAAAAGUCGUGAAGCAUGCCAGAUGUGACUGGUGACAUCACUGGACGUAGACGGAAAGUGACGUACAAGGGCGCUGAAUACUUUGGAAGUAUCUAUCUUCGAAAACGUCAGAAGUUGAAUUUGGACAUCAUGGCUACGAUUUCAAACAUCGAAGAGUCAAUGAGAAGCUUCAUAAAUGUAACGAAAGUUCGAGAGUUGCUGUCAAGACUGGAUUCCUUGAUGAAGGAAUUCAUAGAAGUCAGCGAACAGUACAGACGCACUCUGACACCCGAGGAAACUGCUUUAGAUGAUCAAGUGGUGGAUAGAGCAGAGGGUGAGGUCUAUCUUCUGAAGACCAGAAGUAUCAAGUGGUUGCGCGACGCUGAGCAGAAACUGGAGCGCGACGUCUCUCCUUUGCGUACCUCGACCAGAAGCCGCUCAGAAAGCCAACUGUCAAGAAGAAGUCGUUCAAGUAGAGCGACAAGCAGCCAAUUUUCAAAAAGAUCGACGCAAGAAAAGAUAGCUGAUGAAGCGGCGAAGCUUGCUGAGCUUCGAGUUGCAGAAAAUUUUGCUGAAAGCAAGCAUCUUUUGGCAAGAACACAGCUGCAAGAGAAAAUUGCGAAGUCAGAAGCAAAAAUGGCUGCGUACAAGACGUUCACCUCGAACCAACAUGGUGACGUCAGCAAUUACGACAAGUUUAAGGAAGAAACUUGCCGUUACAAAAAUGCAACAUUUGUGUCUAAGGACCUGAAUAACCAUCAUCAUGCUGGAGACAAAAACUAUCAAGACGCAAGUCCUAGCUUAUCACGAGCCGUUGGCGAUGUUUUUAAUUCACUUGGAAGAAGCAAUGUAUCAGCCAAUCAACCAGAUGUUACAAACUUCCAGCAACAUGAUAAUGAUGAACUACAAUCAACAUUUUCGAGGAAGCAUGAAUCAACGCGUGAUCAAGAUCUCGCGGCAGCAUUGCGAGAUUUGUUGCUGCAGCAAGGUGCCCCGACGGUGAUUUGGACAUCUUCGAUGGCAACGUUUUGGAGUUCAAGUACUUCAUAA